CUUUAUAAGGGGCAAAGUCAAAAGAGAGAGAAAGAGAGAAAAAGAGAAAGAGAGAGAGAGAGAGAGAGAGAGAGAGAGAGAGAGAGAGAGAGGGGACACUGUGGAGUGAACAAGACACCAAGCUGUGAAAUUAAAACCUCCACCUCGGGGUGUGUGAGGACGGAGUAACAUCCUGCUGUGGAGCUGAACUCUGUGUUUUUAUUCACUGUUCUACUGUCAUACAUCAACCUGCAAGAUGAAGACUUUACUGACCGCCUACUCACAGGUCACAAAGGGUUCAGGCUCUCGGUUCCUCUCAGCUCUGCAGGAUCUGCCCUCAGCUCCAUGGCUCUCCAGAUCCAAACUGGUGAAGCAGCUGCAAGCCAUCUCUGUCCUCCAGUUCAUCCUCUCCUUCCUCGCUAUGGGCAUUGCAGCCACUGUGCUGCUGCUCUACCUGCUGUGCACAGACUGCUGGGUAAUUUCUGCUGUUUACAUUGCCUGGCUCAUCUUUGAUUGGAACACACCUAAACAAGGUGGCCGUAGAUCAGCGUGGGUGAGAAACUGGACGGUUUGGAAGUAUUUCAAAGACUAUUUUCCUAUCCGACUCAUCAAGACCCAUAACUUACCACCCAACCGUAACUACAUCUUCGGUUAUCAUCCUCACGGCAUCUUCUGUUUCGGAGCCUUCUGUAAUUUCUCCACUGAGGCGACCGGAUUCUCCAAAAAGUUCCCAGGGAUCAAGCCGUCCCUCGCCACGCUGGCCGGAAACUUCCGCCUACCCCUGCUGAGGGACUAUUUAAUGUCUGGAGGUAUUUGUCCGGUGAAUCGGCAUUCCAUUGAUUAUCUCCUGUCGUGUAACGGGACGGGGAACGCUGUGGUCAUCGUGGUGGGCGGAGCUGCUGAGUCUCUGGACUGCACCCCAGGCAUGAACUCAGUCACCCUGAGAAACCGCAAAGGCUUCAUCAAACUCGCACUGCAGAAAGGAGCGGACCUGGUGCCUGUGUACUCGUUUGGGGAGAAUGAGUCGUAUAAGCAGGUGAUAUUUGAGGAGGGUUCAUGGUGGCGUUGGGUUCAGAAGAAGAUGCAGAAGCUGCUGGGUUUUGCUCCCUGUAUCUUCCACGGCUGUGGGUUUUUCUUCACUGAGUCAUGGGGCUUCGUCCCGUAUGGAAAACCCAUCAACACUGUCGUUGGAGAACCUAUCACAAUGCCCAAGCUGGAGGAGCCGACCCCGGACGUGGUGGAAAUGUACCACACCAUGUACGUCAAAUCUCUCACCACGCUCUUCGACAAAUACAAGACACGCUUCGGCCUGAAAGAGUCCGACGUCCUCCUCAUUCACUGAGGACAAGGAAGAAGAACGUUGCCUUUUAAAAACAAGAGAAAACUGUGUUAAAUAUUUCUCCAUCACACAAACACACACCACCUGAACCCUGAGCCAGAUAAACCAUGAUCAUGGCUGUGUUCCAAUUCUGUCUGCGUGCCUUCUGCUCUUGGCUGAGUCCCUCAAAACAUGAUCUCAAGAACAAAUCCUUUUUCUUUUGGAAGAUAGAAUAAUAAACUACAGAUGCCUUAAUUUGCAUAAUGAAACCUGUUCUCUUGAAAACCUGAUGAUCUUAUAUCUCUCGCUCCUUCAGAUUUUCCAUUCAAGUUGUUUGUUCACCCACUUAAGAGUCUGCACACUCACGUUUCAUACGAAUGUUAGACGAGAUGAGCAUUAAAUGAGCGUUAGAUGAUUGAGCCACUGUUGACCUGAGAGACCGAACCCCAGAGGAACCUGAGAGUGCUUGUGCAGUGUGAUGAUAUAAAUAAGAGGUAAUGAACUGAAUCCAAAAUGGCUUCCUACUGUUCUCAGUUCAAUUCAGUGUGCAAGGUUUAGGUUAGUGUACGAGGUUAGGGUUAGUGUACGAGGUUAGGGUUAGUGUACGAGGUUAGGGUUAGUGUACGAGGUUAGGGUUAGUGUACGAGGUUAGGGUUAGUGUACAGGGCUGUUAAACUGUUAUUCUAACACAGUGAUUGCAGAUCAGGUGUGAAAUUGAAUUUCAAUCAGGUUUAGAGUGAAUUCUUUUCUCUCUGAUUGUUUAUUUGAUCCAUAAGUUAUUAUUACUCUUUUUUAUGCUUCUUAUGUGUUUUUUGCUUUUUUGCACGAACAAUGCAACAUAAGAGACCGCAGUGUGUCUGAGCAGGGACAAGGACAUGAUUGAGUUUCUAAUCACUAAUCAUCUUCUGCAGAAAUCAACAUGCUCGUGUCUGAUUGUGGAGUCCAGUGUUUAUUGUGUUCUAACGUGUCUGAAUUGUUAAUAAACACACGUUAUGUCUGUGUAUAUAUUAUAAAUCAGCAGGAUAAACAGAAAAGGAAGCGAAAGUAAAAGGACGAUUUCUGCCGCAGACAUCACGCAGUUGAUGUGAACCUAGUUUUGUAACUUGAUCUGAGUAGCUGGAGGUGCUGCCGUUCUGCCUGAAUCACACACCAACACAGAUGAUUCCUGAAAUCACACCUUUAUAUGUUUUUGGAAUAAAAUAAAAUGUAGAAAACCACAGAGUAAAGGAACUAAACGUCUUCUCAGUUCAAAUGAAACUUUCUUCUCAAUGAUUAAUUCGCCUCAAUAAUACAACCAGCAGUGACUACAACACUGUAACAGUGAGACAGGGGAGAUUGUUGACUGUAUAAAAGAUCUGUGAGCUGGGAAACUCACACAAGUCCAGGUUCAGACCACAAGUGAGCCGAUGGUUAAUGUGGUGAGUCAGAAACAUUAGACCGAACCCCAGAGGAACCGAGACUCCAGAAGGAGAACCGGAGCUUCUGUGUUUAGAGCCUGUACACAUUCUCGUGUCCCUCCACUACAAACACUGCUAUAGCGUUAAACUGUGUAGAGUUUAUUUAUUAUAUAUAUAUAUAUAUAUAUAUAUUAAAAUAUGUAUUGUUAUAGUUUGUAGUAUAAAGAACCUCAGUUUGUUUCUCAAAGCGGUGUUGAGAAAUCCUAUAAUACACAAAACUACCAACUCAUAUAAAUAUCUCUAAAACAUUUCUUUUUUUAAAUCCAUUUUAAUAAACUUCAAGUUGAUUAAAGCAUUUAUAUUAUUUAUAUAACUGUAUUGACUUAAAGCUUUAUUAAUAAACUGAUUAACAUACAUUCUCUCUUAUUUAUUUAUAUGUAAUGUUGUUUGUUUGUGCAAAAUAAACAGCUGUAAAACUCUAA